AUGGAACAAAAAAUUAAGUCACUCUUAUUUAUUAAAAUUGCUACAUUUAACCUUUUUAUUUGGAUAUGUUAUUUUUGCAUUUUCACAAGUACGUUUAACAAAUCUUUGGAUGAAUGCUACAAACAUAGUAGAAAAUUGUAUACAAUAAAUUAUCGUUUACUAGCAAAAUAUGAACAUGAUAACGAUUCAAUUAUUGUUCGUUUAAAAGAAGGGAUACAGAAUGGAGUGCAUGAUAGAAGAGAUAAAUCUAGAAGUGGAAUAUUUAGUGAUGAAAAAAAGAAAAAGCCAAAUGGAGGUUCACCUAGGAUUGAAAGAAGCCAUAAAAAAAAUAUGAAAAAUAAAUAUCAUAUAUUUGAAACAAAAAAAUUGUCUUAUUUAGAAAAAAAAAUAUUCAAAGAACUAGAUUAUGAAGAUUUUCUAAAAAACAACAGGACAUUUAGUGAUAAGGUUUAUAAAAAAAUAAUAUUUAAAAAAUGCGGAUUGCGAGUUGCUUUGCCUUUAUUAGUAUUUUUGGUGUUAUCAUUAUCAUACAUAUUAGAUAAGUUUUGGGGAUAUGGACUUACAUCUGCUUUGUAUAAUGUAAUACUUAUUUUUUCACCUGUUCAACAAAUAAGUAUUGCACCUGGGAAUUCAAUAAAAAUAUCUUCGGCCAUAAAAGAUUUACAUGAUUUUUUGAAUAAACCAUCUUUACAAUGGUUCACACAAAUUUUAUUAGAAAACACAGUGACAAAAAAGAUAGCAAAUUUUUGUGUGACAGGAUUUUUGGGAUUUCUAAUAUAUUUUGUGCCUUUAUUCAUAUUAAGUAUAAUGCUUAUAUCAGCGGUUGUUUAUUAUCAUAAAAAAGUUAAAAAAUAUGAAAAAAUUAAGUUCAGGAAAAGGUAA